CAUGGCCACCGCCCGUCCGACGGCGGAGCCGCCGCCGGAUUCUCCAAUAAUGCAUUUCUCCCACCCACACGAGCUCCACCCUAUCUCCAUCCACCGCCACCAGCCGGCGCCGCCGAUUUGCGCCGCCUGCCGGCUCCGAUCCGGCGGCGCAAUGCUCACGUGCCUGCCAUGUGCCUUCGCAAUCCACCAAUCGUGCGCCGAGCUGCCGCCGCUGAUUACCCACGCGGCUCACGGCGGAUGCGUUCUGUCGCUGCUGACGGCGGCGGCGUAUCCCGGCGGCGCAUUCAGCUGCGACGGCUGCAAGCGCGGCGGCGACGGCUGGUCGUACCACUGCGGGCGGUGCGAGUACGACCUGCACGUGACGUGCGCGUGCCGGCCGCUGAGGAUCAGGGUCCCGGAGCACGGGUCCUGCGAGCUCCACCUGGUGUUCAGGAAUCCGUACGCCGCCUCCAAUGGCUUCGCCUGCGACGUCUGCCGGAAAAUCGGGGCCAAGCAGUGGCUCUACCACUGCACCGCCUGCGAGUUCGACGCGCAUCUCGAUUGCGCCGCCGCGCCGGAGCCGCCGCCGCCGCAGCAUGCGUUUCUGCCUCCAUCGCACGGCGGCGGAAUUAACGUCGGGAAUGCAGUAUCAUCUAUUCCGCCGUCGCCGGUAUCUGCAUUGCCACGUCACAAUUCUUUUCCGCCGGCGGCGGGUUCUGCUCCGCCGGCAGUGCAGCAGCCUCAAUUGGCGGUCAGUCCUUAUAGUGUGAUCCGACAGUUUCCGGCUCGGGUUCCCGGGUCUGGAUUCGGGUCGGGUCCGGUUAACGAACCGAGGAGAGAUGCGAGAAGCGGUGGGUUUGGGGAUGAUUUGACAGCGGCGGCGGCUGAAGGGUCGUUCGAAAAGUGACGGCGGCGGCAGAAAUUUGUUAUGGAAGAUAAAAGUAAAAAUCAUGUAUGGAUAUUUUGAAAAUUUUAUUAAAUAGUAUGUUUAAUUAGGGGGUGGUUA